CACACAAGAUAGAUAAACAUGUGUGGUUGAAAGAGCUUGAAAUCACUUUCAUCGUUUUUGUGAAGAUUACUAAAGAUGAAGACUUUAGGGUUGUCGCAUCUUCUCCAAAUUCUUACAUGCAUUCUGCUACUCACUCCCUCAUUUUCUAAAGAUGAUCGAAAGAUUUACAUAGUCUACAUGGGCGAAUAUCCAAAGGGCAUGGAACUCACAGAAUCACUUCACACUACUAUGGUUCAAAGUGCCAUAAGCAGAAAACUUGCACCAGAUACUUUGGUACACAGCUACAAGAGUUUCAAUGGAUUUGUGGCGAGGCUAACCAAAGAAGAAUCAGAAAGAAUGAAAAGAUUGGAUGAUGUGGUUUCCGUUAUUCCAAAUAGAGUCCACAGUAUCCAAACAUCAAGGUCCUGGGACUUUCUUGGCUUCCCUGAAAAUGUCCAAAGAACAAAGGAAGAAAGUAACACAAUCGUGGGAGUACUGGAUACUGGAAUUUGGCCAAAUUCCUCAAGCUUCACCGACGAAGGCUUUGGUCCACCACCAGAGAAAUGGAAAGGAACAUGCCAUAACUUCACUUGCAAUAACAAAAUCAUUGGAGCAAAAUAUUUUCGUCUUGGUGGUGUGUUCCCCCAAGGGGACCUGAUAUCUCCAACUGAUACGAGUGGUCACGGCUCUCACUGUGCAUCAACCGCGGCUGGAAACCCUGUUAGGAAUGCAAAUUUGUUUGGGCUUGGCUUAGGAACAGCAAGAGGAGGAGUUCCAUUGGCACGUAUUGCUGUGUAUAAAGUUUGUUGGACAAAUGGUUGUGAAACUGCUGAUGUUCUUGCAGGAUUUGAUGCAGCCAUUAUGGAUGGUGUUGACAUUAUAUCUCUUUCAGUGGGAUAUGGAGAAGUCAUAUACCCCAAUUAUUUUGAAGAUGACUUUGCAAUAGGAGCCUUCCAUGCAAUGAAGAGAGGCAUAUUAACUUCUCAAGCUGCAGGCAAUUUGGGUCCAAAUCCUUACACAAUGUCAAAUCUUGCACCCUGGUUCAUUUCCGUGGCUGCUUCCACCAUAGACAGAAAGUUUUUAACCAAUCUCCAACUGGGCAAUGGCCAAAUCUUCAAGGGAAUUUCAGUGAAUACAUUUAGUCCAACACAGAAGAGUUACCCUUUAAUUUAUGGGGGAGAUGCGCCAGCCGCUGUAUUUAAUAGUUCCGUGUCCAAGUUUUGCUAUGAAAAUACUUUGGAUAGAGCUUUGGUGAAAGGGAAAAUUGUUCUGUGUGAUGCCGUUACUCCUUCUUUUCCAUAUUUUGGAUAUGCGGGAUUUGCUUCUGGGGCUGCUGGUCUUAUAUUUAUAUUCCCUAGUACAGCCCCUUUAGUUGUGGCAGUUGUAUAUGCAUUGCCAGCGAUUAGCAUUACCGCAAGUGAUGGGAAUACCGUAUUAUCUUAUUUAAGGUCAACAAGUAAUCCAGCAGCUACCAUAUUCAAGAGUUAUGAAGGAAAAGAUUCAUCAGCCCCUUACAUUGCUCCUUUCUCAUCAAGAGGUCCAAAUAAGGUCACCCCAAACAUUCUUAAGCCUGAUAUAGCAGCUCCAGGAGUUGAAAUUCUAGCUGCAUGGUCUCCGAUUUCUCCUAUUUCUGGCGUUAAAGGAGACAGAAGAGUAUCAAAUUUCAAUAUAAUAUAUGGAACGUCAAUGGCAUGCCCUCAUGUUACUGCAGCAGCUGUUUACGUAAAAUCAUUUCAUCCCAACUGGUCUCCUGCUGCAAUAAAAUCCGCAUUGAUGACAACUGCAACCCCUAUGAAUCCUGCACUUAAUGUAGAGGCUGAAUUUGCUUACGGUGUGGGGCAAAUAAAUCCUUUGAAGGCAGUAAAUCCUGGACUGGUUUACGAUGCUGGUGAAUCUGAUUAUAUUAGUUUUCUGUGUGGACAAGGUUACAAUUCAUCAUCGCUGCAAAAAAUUACAGAUGAUAACAGCACAUGCACAUCAGCAAAUAAAGGGUCUGUUUUCAACCUUAAUCUCCCAUCUUUUGCUCUAUCAACCCCUCGCUCAAGCUACAACAAUGUCACUUUUGGUAGAACUGUUACAAAUGUUGGAUCAGCUACAUCCACAUAUAAGGCCACAAUAACUGCACAUCCAUCUUCUUUAAAUGUUCAAGUACUGCCAAGUGUUUUGGCCUUCUCGUCGUUGGGUCAGAGGCUGUCUUUUACCCUUAAGAUUGAAGGAAGCAUUAAUACAGGCUUGGUUUCCUUUUCUUUGAUUUGGGACGAUGGCACUUUUAAUGUAAGGAGCCCCGUUGUGGUUUAUGUUCCAUAAAUCUUCUGCUACCAGCACUUGUCGGUGCAACAAAAAAACAACUCGAAUGACAAAGUUGUAAGCCUUGUAGGCUAGCAAAAAUGAAACCUGUGUCUAUCACAAACAUGUCAAAAGUUUCAGUGAAUAAAUAUUCUGAGUGUGUUGCAAGCAACAGAAAUGAUGAUAAAGUGCUAUGUCCCAGGAAUAAAAUC